AUGGAGUCAUUUUCCUUCAACGUUGUUGAGAAAGUGUUGGAAAGGCUUGCUUCCCAUGCUUACCAAGAAAUUCGUUUGGCUUUGGAUGUCGACGAUGAUCUAAUCAAGCUCCAAGAAACCUUAUCAACCAUCGCAAAAGUGGUCCUAGAUGCAGAGGAAAAACAGAGGAAGGAUCCCCUGCUUGCUGACUGGUUAGGGAAGCUAAAAGAUGUUUGCUAUGAUAUGGAUGAUGUUCUCGACCACUUCGAAUUCCGAAAAUUGAGGAUGCAAGUGCUCAACUCUCGGAGCAAUAUCAAAGGAAAGGUAUGCAACUUCUUUUCACGUCCAAAUUCCUUUAUGUUAAGCUACAAAAUUGGUCAGAGAAUCAAAGAUAUUAGAGAAAGAUUGGGUGAAAUUGCAGCUGCAAAAGCUCAGUUCAAUCUGUAUGAACGAGCUGCAGAUUGGCAAGGGAUGCACAUAGAGAGAGAGACCCACUCUUUUGUGCAUGCCCCGGAUGUGAUUGGAAGAGAUAAAGAUAAAGAAGAGAUGGUCAUGCAUCUUCUUAAUGCCAAUCGCACUGGUCAUGGGGAGGAGAAUGUUUCUGUUAUUUCCAUUAAUGGGUUAGGAGGUUUGGGAAAGACAACACUUGCGAAACUGGUGUAUAAUGAUAACAGAGUAGUAGGGAACUUUGAGUUGAGAAUAUGGGUGUGCGUCUCAGACGAUUUCGACAAUAAAAGAUUGCUUCGAGAAAUUGUUACUGCUGCAACAAGCCAAAAAUGUGUGGAUGAAAGCAUUGAACAGAUGCAAAUUAAGCUGCGGCAUGCUUUGACAUGUAAGAAACUUUUGUUGGUGUUGGAUGAUGUUUGGGACAAGGGGCCAAUGGGAAUCACAGUGAAGAAAUGGAUUGAUUUGAAGUCUUUGUUAAAUGUGGUAGCCAAUGGGAGUAAAAUCAUUGUAACAACACGCAAUGAAUCUGUUGCAUUGCUUAUGGGGCAUGCACACAGGCAUCUACUGAAGGGCCUUCCCCACUCAGAUUGCAUGACUAUAUUCAUAAAAGUGGCAUUUACAAAAAGAGAACAGGGAGACUAUCCCAAGUUAAUAAAAAUUGGGGAAGAUAUUGUGAAGAAGUGUGGAGGGGUUCCUCUUGCCUUGUACACCCUAGGGGGCUUGCUCUAUUCGAACAAGGAUGAGCGAUACUGGUCACAUGUUAGAGACAGUGACAUAUGGAAAUUGGAACAGGGAAGCGAUGACAUUUUACCUGCUCUUAAGUUAAGCUACGAUGCAUUGCCGAUCUACUUGAAACCUUGUUUUGCCUUUUGUUCACUUUAUCCAAAGGACUACGUAUUUAGAAGUGCAGAAUUGAUCCCGUUGUUGAUGGCUGAAGGCUUCAUUCAAUCCUCCAAAGGAAACGGGAACCAAGACCUUGAAGAUAUUGGUCUGGACUACAUAAGGCAACUAUGUUCUAGGUAUUUCUUUCAGAUUGAGGAAGAUGAUUUCCUUUUUCUACGGUUUAGAAUGCAUGACCUAGUUCAUGAUUUAGCAAUCUCAAUGGCAAGGGUAGAGUAUUCGUCUCUAAAUUUUCGUCCCUCUGAUUCGUCUAAGAUGGUUCGGCAUGUGUCAAUAUCUCAGAAGGACUUGUCCAAGGAAAAUGAAGAAAACCCCAAAUUCUUACUUCGUUUGGAGAAAUUGAGAACCAUUCUAAUUCCAGAUUUGGACAGUGAAUAUGUUCCAAUAAAAGUUGGGAUCAACAGUCAAUCUUUUUUAAAGAAAUGCAUCUCAAGAAUCAACUACCUACGAGUGCUGGAUCUUAGUAACUUGACUCUUAAGGUGCUGCCAUGUUCCAUCGGUAACUUGAGUCACUUGAGGUAUCUCGAUGUGUCAUAUAAUCAGCAUAUAAAUAAGCUUCCUGAUUCCAUUUGCAAGCUGCAUCAUUUACAAUCCUUGCUCCUUAUAAACUGUGGAAAACUCAAGGAGUUGCCUGAGGACAUGGGAAAUCUGAUUAGCCUUAGGUACUUGGCCUUAACCAUAAAUAAGACACAUUUGCCAGAAGCAAUUGGACGUCUCACCUCUCUUCGAACUUUAUGCGUCAGUGCAUGCAAGAAUCUUAAAUCUUUGGGCAAAGAGAUGCGAUCCCUCACUAACCUUCGAAUGCUAGUCAUUGUGAGCUGUCAAAACUUAGAAUCCUUGUCAUCUAGUAACAUGACCACAUUGGAAACUUUAGUCAUCUAUAGUUGCCCAAAGCUAAAUCUGACGGGGUCAGCAGAAGGCAUUCGAGGUCUUCAAUCGUUUUGGAUUGUAGGUUCGAAUUUGACGGCCUUGCCUCAUUGGUUGCAAGAGUCUGCAAACACACUAAAAACAUUACAGUUGGGAUUUUGUACCUAUCUACAGUCACUUCCGGAAUGGUUUCAAAACUUUACUUCGCUUCAAAAACUAAAGAUUACAUAUUGUUCCCAUUUGUUUGCUUUUCCCGAGGGCAUGGAUCGCCUCACUGCAUUGAGAGAGUUGGAGAUUAGCAAUUGUCCUUUAGUUAGGAGAUGCAGGCAUGAAGGUGAGGAUUGGUCCAAGAUCGCUCAUGUCCCAAAGAUCAUACUCAAUGGUCAACGACGGCAAAUUAGGUAA